AUAUUCAUGGUCACUCCGGAUAAAUUUGAGGGUCUCAUCCAACGUGUAUUGCGACUCCUGUUGGAUGAAUCACCUGCACUGAUCACAUAUAGAAACAAUUUAGGAAAGAAGGAAACGGAAGCGACCCCUGAUGCGAAUCCGGCUGUCCUCACAGAGGUGCAACAACAGAAGCUGCUGCUGGAGCACAUUGUCACAUUGAUUUUCCUGUCCCACUGCUUCACUAAUCUGGCUGAAGUCGGUGUGCUGCGCAAGUGUCUACGAGAAUUGUAUAGUCUGUCUGUAUGGCGUGGCUACUUGCAACCGGUGCGACUUGAACUGGAAUUGAAGAAUCAUCCGCGGUAUGCUCGCCUGCUGAAAAAACUGCAAAAGUACCACAGUACACGAAUCUCUGAGGAAGAGCGCGAGAAAUUGGAGCUCCAGCAUUCAUUUUUACCCUAUUUCAUGGAUGUCUUCCUGUCUCUACUAGAUUCCGUUCCCACAGUGAAUGAAUCCAAGAAUCUGGAGCCGUUGCUGGUUCAUUACCUAGAACGUUGUGUUUUACUGUUUGUGGAUCUGGAGAGUAUGCUUCUCACGCGUCGACUGCUCAAUGUGGUGGUUGACGAUCGUCACUUGGUUGUUCGCUGUCAAACUGCUACUCUCACCAAACGCCCCGAAGGCAAGCUUUUCGCGGAAUUGGUGGACAUGCUGGCCUUUUAUACACAUUUUCAAAUCGACGAGGCAACCGGCGAGGCAUUGGAUGAGAGCGCCCUGGAUAAGCACCAUUGUGCUCGUCUGACUGCUCUACAGUUGAAGGCAUUUGCCCUGCUGAAAGACAAACUCCUCCCGUUGGCCGUAUCCCACCCCGCUGGUGUUGAGACAUCUCAGCAAUUGCGCAAGCAUCUCAGCUCCUUAACGACAAAAGAUCUCUAUCAGCUAGCUAAUGCGUUUGCUCUGGUACCACCUCGAGUGGAGACAACUGAACUGUCGGAGAAGGAUGACGGUUCACCAGCUUCAAAAAGGGCCAAAAUGGAUACCAAAACCGAUUCAAACGACUUCCUGUCCAAUCUGCGGACGAGGCUAGAUUCCAAACUUAUGGACAAGGAACUGCUUAUUCGGAUUUUAAUUCAUCGUUUCGCUCGGCGGGAAUCUGAACUGGAGCAAAUGAAUGAGGUCUCCCUCUAUCCAACAGAAGAACUGAUUUGGGACGAAAAUCGUGUCCCAACCGAGUACUAUUCAGGCGAGGGAUGUCUUGCGUUGCCCAAACUUGGUUUGCAAUUCCUCACGUUACAGGACUAUCUGUUGCGUAAUUUCAACCUCUUUCGCCUGGAAUCUACGUACGAAAUUCGGCAGGAUGUUGAGGAUGCAGUUUUACGCCUGAAACCCUGGUGUGGUGAAUCGGGUCAGGCCGUGUUCGAUGGAUGGUCCCGUAUGGCUCUUCCAAUUCAAUCAUUCAAUAUCGUCGAAGUUGCCAAACCCCACCUAGGUUCUAAACAUCCUGCUCGGGUCAGGGCGGACGUCCGUGUGGCUCUCGCUGGUUUGAGACCGGAUGUUCGCAAGGAGUGGUUAGGUCUACGUCGCCACGAUCCCGUUUUUCUGGUCACGUUGCGUCCCGGCAAACCGAAAGGUUGGAAGUUCAAUUCUCAAGAACCAUUUGUACCACAAGUCGGUCUACUUUAUGUGCGAGGUUGUGAGAUCGAGGGACAAGUGGAUAAGGAGGGCAAACUCAUCCCAGACGAGGAACGACUUGGCUUUCUCCCCGGCAAAGAGGAGAAACCAAAUAUCGUCGAAACAUUGCCUACCUGGCGCGUUCGUCUUGACCCAGCACAAUAUCAGAUGGAUGCUGACCGACUGAGAGCGGAACAAACCCGCGGUGAGGUGAUUCGGGCCAAGGUGACACGUGCGAAACGAGAGGGUCGUUCCAAGGAGGAAAUUGCCGUGUUAGAGCAACAAGCGGCAGAAGCCGAUCAGGCCAGGCCAGAAGAUUUAUACGAUACGUUUAAUGUGUUAAUUCGUCGAAAGCCGAAGGAGAACAAUUUCAAAGCUGUAUUAGAGACAAUUAGUAUCCAAAUCGUAGAUAAACGCAAACGUGUCAAUCCGAACAACGAUGACCCUAUGGAAGAACCUGGUCCCCCAUAUCGUCUAACAUUCCCACCUCUGGCCGAUGAUCCAACUGCCAAAGUCGAAGCAAUGGUCCCAGGUGAUGUGGGCGUCACUGUAUCGGAAGAGAUGAACCAGGCUAAAACUGAGCAAUACACCGGCAUUAAACCGGACGUCGUUGCGGAAGCCUACGAGCCAGCAUUGCAUCCACCCUGGCACCUUUUAGUUCAGGCCGGUGGUCACCUACCCAGCAAUGCGUUCGCCGGAGGAUCCAAGCCGGGCAAUCGUGUACCAUUUACCCCGGCUCAGAUUGAAGCAAUUCGUUCAGGCAUGCAACCGGGACUAACACUUGUGGUAGGCCCACCUGGUACCGGGAAAACUGAUGUGGCUGUACAGAUUAUUCACAAUCUCUAUCACAACUAUCCCAACCAAAGGAUCCUCAUCGUGACCCAUUCCAAUCAGGCGCUGAACCAGUUGUUUGAGAAAAUCAUUGCUUUGGACGUAGACGAGCGUCAUUUGCUUCGUCUCGGACAUGGUGAAGAGAGUCUAGAUACAGAGAAGGAUUUCUCCCGUUACGGUCGUGUGGACUACGUCCUAGCCAAACGUAUUCAGCUUCUCCAAGAGGUCAUGCGCCUCGCAAAAAGUUUCAAUCGAUCAGCCGCAGCAGUUGAUCCUGCUCACGAGGCCGCCAUUGCUGAUGGUGAGAUUGAACCGGCCUCGGAGAAUCAAGACUCUCUUCACAUGCAUUCGUGUGAAACUGCGCAGUACUUUUUCGUUCAAGAGGUUCUGUCACGUUGGGAAGACUUUAUAAGCAAGAUGGCUCAAACCGUUCCAUCCGGAUGCCCGGCUCCAGAUAACACUGUGGCAGAUUCAAAUCCACUUUAUGACCCACAACUGAUUCGAACACACUUCCCGUUCAUGGAGUUUUUCACGGGACACAAAUCUCCCCCCACAGAAAUCGUUCAACAGUUGUUUCCGGGUCAUAGUUUAAUCGAAGAUAUGGCCAUGGCUCGUGCCUGUUUCCAGCAUGUCCAUUCAUUGUUUGCUCAACUGGAUGAGUUUCGUGCGUUCGAACUGAUGCGCACAGGUACGGAACGGGCCAACUUCUUGCUUGUGCAAGAAGCAAAAAUCAUCGCGAUGACCUGUACACACGCUGCCCUUCGUCGACGCGAUUUAGUGCAGCUAGGUUUCACCUAUGACACCAUUCUGAUGGAAGAGGCGGCUCAGAUAUUGGAGAUUGAGACAUUUAUCCCGUUGCUCUUACAAAAUCCUGAUUUGUCUGGACGAAAUCGAUUGAAGCGUUGGAUCAUGAUCGGUGAUCAUCAUCAGUUACCCCCGGUGGUUAAAAACCAGGCUUUCAACAACUACUCAAAUAUGGGUCAGUCUCUGUUCACGCGUUUGGUAAAGCUUGGAGUCCCGACGGUACAGCUGGAUGCGCAAGGUCGUGCUCGACCCAGUCUUUCUUCACUGUAUAGUUGGCGUUACAAAAACCUGACCGAUUUACCGCACACACAGGUUGAGCCUCAAUUCCGCUUAGCCAAUCCGGGAUUCCGUUACGAUGUUCAACUAAUCAAUGUAGAUGAUUACAAAGGUGUUGGAGAGUCCGAACCCAGUCCAUACUUUUAUCAGAAUUUGGCUGAAGCCGAAUAUGUGGUCGCUGUGUUCAUGUACAUGCGAAUCCUUGGCUACCCGGCAGAACGCAUUACCAUUCUGACCACAUACAAUGGUCAGAAACAUUUGAUCCGAGAUGUGGUUGCUGCACGUUGUGCGAAGAAUCCACUUUUGGGCACACCGAGUAAAAUCACCACUGUCGAUCGAUUCCAAGGUCAACAAAACGAUUACAUCCUCGUCUCUUUGGUACGCACUCGAACUGUGGGUCAUUUACGUGAUGUGCGUCGUCUAGUUGUCGCCUUAUCUCGCGCUCGACUCGGUCUGUAUGUAUUUGCCCGUAUCGAUCAGUUCGCCAAUUGUCCCGAGUUGAAACCUGCAUUUGAUCGUUUACUAAAUCUACGCGGUCCUGGGGCACCAAAGCCAGUUCAAUUACAUUUAACCCCUUGGGAACCAUGGAUCGACCCCAGAAGUGCGCUCGCCUCUUCCAUGCAACGUCUUCAAACGGAAUUACUGACACAGGCUCCGGUCGUGAUAAAAGACAUGGUCGAAAUGACCACUUAUGUACAUAAUUUGUACGAGGAACGUGUGAAUGCUCUGAUGGCCCGACUUCAAGCUUCGAAACCGGUGGCUGAGCCGGCCGCGACUCGAUCUGUCGAUAAAACACCAAACGUACAUACUGCUCCAGAAGGUGAUGCGCAAACGGAUGCGACAGAUUCAUCGCAACCAGAUAUCAAGGAGCCAGACACAAAUGAUACCAGCCAACAGACAGAAGAUCCUAUAAAAGAAUCCACCACAAAUAAUGAACCGAUAACAAUGGACAGUGCACAAGACUGA